GAAAAUUCAACAAUAAUCAUGUUCUAUGAAAUAUCUUAAUACGGUACUGAGAUUGGCGCUAAGAUAUCCAAUCAAAAUGCGAGAUGCUGUUAGUGCUCUUUAAAUAAAUCUUCCGCUAAAUAUUUAUUGCGUACAAUCAUUGUUGUAAAUGAUUGAAAUUUCUAUUGUUUAAUUGUUAUCUCAUUGUUAAAUUAAAAUUUGUUUUUUAAAUAUGGCAGAAAUUCUUCGACGAGAAAUAUUGCAUCAAUUUAAAGUAUUACACAGAACGAGAUUAAAUACGUUUAAAGGAGAUGAAAAUGCAUUGAAAGUAAUCAGAGCUAAAAUAAAUGAAGAGUACCGAAAAAAUAAGGAUAUUACGAAUCAAGAUACUAUAAAAGAGUUAAAUAAAUUAGCACAAGAAGUUGAGCAUGAACUGCGAUUUGGCGUAAUUCAAGCAACCGAGAAGGAACCUGGAGUAUAUGCACUUCGAAUUACACCUGAAAAAUUAUUAGACAAUGCAACGUGCGAAAAUGUAUCUAGUUCAAAUAAUAGUAAAAGUAAGUUACUUAAUAAAAAAUCAGUUUGCGGAGAAAAUAUUAAGAAAUCGUAAUCUUUGACGCAAGUUCAAUAAUAGGAUAAUUUACUAAAUUAUAGAUAAAAAUGACGAUUGUAUUAUAGUUGUAUAUUUAUAUAUAGUAAAGCAAGCUGUUUUAGCUACAUUCUAAUAAACAUAUUUUUUAUUUUUA